AUGGCCAAUUUGGUGCUGCUCGAGGUGCGCUACAUUCUGGCGUCGAUCUGCUACUCGUUUCGUUGCUUCUCGUCGACGAUUGCAUUUUCCCGGUUCGAGAAUGCCCUCUACUGGCUGAUGUCGCUCAUCCCGAUGGCGUGUUUGUGCAUUCCUCAGUUCGUUUAUUUGCUGCUAGACACGGAGAGCCUGUUCGAAUUCGUGUCGGUCCUGGUCCCGUUCACGGAGAUCGCGCUGACCAACGUGAAAAUGAUUCUCUGCAACGCAAAACGGCCCGAGAUCAUAAGCCUCAUCAACCAGGUGCAGACCGAGUGGAUGAAAUAUGAGUCUUCGAUGCGCUCCGAAGUCUCCGCGCUGGUGGCAGCCACCACGAAGAAGGUUCGGUUGUUCACGAUAAUCUACACGUCGCUGUUCGGCUUCCUGGGGCUUGAGUUUGGGCUGUUGCCACUGUUCAAACUUAUCUACUACACGGUAUUUAGCGCGGGAACCUCGAAUUACACCGUUACACUGCCGUACACUCAAAGGUAUUUUUAUAGCACCGAUGGGAAUGCGAGCUUCACCAUCACGUACUUUUGGAUCAUAGUGGCCGUCUAUUUGAUUGUGAUGUCGCUAAGUGCCUUUGACUGCAUCUUUGCCACGCUGGCUAUGCACAUUACCGCGCUAUUUAAGCUGUUGAAUCUUGAAGUCGACCAGAUGAGUGUGGAGCUGCGGGCCGGCGUGGACGCCAAGCAGAUGCGACAGACCUUUAAGCGGAUCGUGUUGAAGCACAAGGCCUACUUAGCUCUGAUAGAUCGUCUGGAGGACGCGUUCAGCCUUUACAUGAUUUUCCAAUUUCUAACCAGUUCCAUCGUGCUCUGUGUCGUACUCUACGAAUUAACGACGGUUUUCGGUUGGAACGAUCAAACCAUCAAAACGGCGACCUAUCUACCUGGGGCCAUCAUACAAUUGUACGUAUUUUGCUGGUACGCGCAGGAAAUGACCGAGGAAGCAGCAAUGGUUGCCGAUCACAUCUACAACAUCCCCUGGUAUCUGGGUGAUACGAAGCUGCAGAAAAUGUUUCUCACGCUGAUGGUAAAAGCCCAAAAGCCCGCCGGUGUCACGGCGGGCAAGUUCUACCUAAUAACGCUUCACAGUUUUCAACGAAUCAUCAGAGCAUCCUAUUCGUACUUUACAUUGCUUAAAACCGUAAACCAGCAGUAGCUUGGAAAUGCCUAA